AUGAUUUAUACACGUGUUUAUUGUAUAUUUAUUAUUCUUCUUUUGAAUAAUAUGCUUAUAACACAUAACAAGGAAUGUAGUAAAAGUGUUCAAGGGUUAGUUGUGGAAACGUUCAAUAAGAAAAUGAAUUAUUUAUUGAAAAAAGAAGAUUUCUAUAUUUAUCGUCAGAAUUUUAAUUUUUUUCCAAAGGAAUUAGAAGUACAAUUAAGGAAGAAAAAAAAUAAAGUUCAAAAUGAAACGGGAGUAAUAGAUGGUGUUAUAGAUAGGAUCUCAUGUAGAUCAACCCAACAGAAUAAAGGUGACAAUACAAAUAUUGAUGAAAGUUAUAUAAAUGUGGAUAAUAGUAAUAAAAUAAAGGGUAAUCAUAUGAAAAAUAUGAAUAAUAUGAAUAAUAUGAAUAAUAUGAAUAAUAUAGAUAAUAUAAAUAGUACAAAUAGUACAAAUAGUACAAAUAGUACAAAUAGUACAAAUAAUACAAAUAAUCAAUAUAACAAUGGGAAUACCAAGAAUGUAGGAAAGAAUAGAUGCAAUAAUGGAAAGAGAAAUUAUCCCACAACAAAUGAUCAUAAAUUAGGGAUAAAAACAACUUAUGCUUUUAUAAAAAAUAGUAUUCCGUUUAACUUUUUUCAUAUGGUAAAUAAUAUAUAUGUUACAAAUAAAUUUAAAACAAAUCAAUGGUUUAGUUUGAAUAAUAAAAAAGAAUUUGGUACGAACAAAGAGAAACCAAAUUUUUUAACUAAUUAUAAAAUUAUUAAGCAUCCUGAUAAGUUAGAAAGUGAAGAUUGUUGUUUAAAUGACCAAGGUUUCAUAGCAGUAGCUGAUGGAGUAGGUUCAUGGAUUAAAUAUGGUAUAAAUCCAAGAAAAUAUCCAGAAAAAUUUUUACAAUUGUUACAAAAAAAAAUUAAUGAAAAUGAAAAUAUACAAAUAGAAGAAUUAUUAAAUUAUGCUUAUUUAAAUAAUGAUAAAGAAGGAUCAACUACUAUAUGUCUUAUUAUAUUUAAUAAAAAUGAUAAUACUGUAUCGACAGCAAAUAUAGGAGAUUCACAAUUCCUAAUUAUAAGGAAUAAUCAAAUAAUAUAUAGAUCAAAACCACAACAAUAUGAAUUUAAUUUCCCUUAUCAACUAGGCAGCAAUGCAGUAAGCAAACCAAACGAUGCUGAUAUUGCUCAUAUUGAAGUAAAAAAAAAUGAUAUCAUAGUAGCAGGAACUGAUGGAUUAUGGGAUAAUUUAUAUGACAGUCAAAUAUUAACAAUAGUUAAAGAAAAUAACUUUGCUACCUUAUCCGAAAAAAUAGCAAACGAAGCAUUCAGUUAUUCUAAAAUGAAAAGAUGGAUGUCUCCAUUUAUAAAAAGUUAUAACAAAGAGUUCAAAUGUCACAAAACGGGAGGGAAAAUGGAUGACAUUACGGUUUCAUGUGCAAUGGUAUGUUAA